AUGCGAGUCUCGAAAGCCAUCAUCAUCAUCAUCAUCUCUUCAGCGGCAGCUGCGGCCAAAAGUGCCGAGACUGUAGCUCCAUGUUGUGCAUCGCUUCAAAAUGCCCCAAACUUGGAUGGAAAGAUAUACUUGCCAAAUUCGGCAUCCUACAGGGCGCGCCUCGACUCGUACUGGUCGAUCAACGCCGCACUGCCACCAUGGUGCAUGGUUCUACCAAGCUCAUCAGAGGACGUCUCUGUCGUUAUUAAGACCUUGGCUAAGCACCAAUGCCAUUUUGGAAUCAGAGGAGGAGGGCAUGGCCAGUUUCCACUGGCAAGUAGUGUCGAGUCUGGCGUUACGAUCGAUUUUGGCAACAUGAACUCUACCACAUGGAACCCCGAAACGAAGCUUGCAUCGGUCGAGCCUGGUAGUCACUGGCAGGCUGUGUAUGAGACUCUUGCCCCUUUCGGAAUCGUGGUAGCGGGAGCCCGCGUUGCCGAAGUUGGGGUCGGCGGCUACCUCACCGGAGGAGGUCUCUCAUUCCAUCAAUCAUCUCAUGGGAUGGGUUGUGACAAUGUCACCAACUUUGAGGUUGUCUUGGCCAGUGGAGAAAUCGUCAAUGCCAACGCAAGUUCGAACCCAGAUCUCUGGAAGGCUCUCAAGGGUAGCAGCGGCAAUCUCGGCCUCGUCACCCGUUUUGACAUGUAUAGUAUCGAGUAUGCUGAUCAGACAAAGCCCGUAGUUUGGGGAGGAACUGUUCGUUUUCCGGAGUCAUCCGGGCAUGAGAUCGCCGACGCCAUGAUCGACUUCACAGAUAACAUACACAAGGACGAGAACAGCUCCACCAUUCUGGCCUGGGCGUACGACCCUGAGAGGUCGACUGGCCCCGUCAUCUCCGCCGCCAUCUUCAAUGCAGAGGCAAGAGUAAAGCCAGCUGCAUUCGACGGCUUUUACUCUGUAGAUGGCAUGUCAAGCGACAACACUCGAGUGGCUACUUUGACGGAGCACACGGCAGACCUGGGGUUCGGACUCGACGCCGGCUAUCACGAUGUCUGGUAUACAGGUGCCUUCCAAAGCGACGCCCGACCCGUGAAGUUUGCCGCGGACAGAUUUGCCAAGCUGAUCCAAGAACUCGAACAAGUAGCCCCAUCGCCGGUAUCUGGACUAACGACAAGUUUGUUGUUUCAGCCUCUAUCAAAGUCAAUGACUGACAAGGGCAUUCGAAAUGGUGGCAAUGUGGUCGGACUGGAUCGCUUCACUGCUAAGGCCAACGGUGUUCUGGUGCUUCUCAUAGCAGCUGUCAAGGAUGCCGAGUCAGAGAAGCUGAUCGAACCCAAACUGGCGAAAUUCAUGGAUGAUGUGGACGCCUACUCCGCCGCGCUCAGGCUGAAAUGGGAGUGGAGAUAUCUCAAUUACGCUUCUGGAAUGCAGGACGCCGUGGCCAGCUACGGGACAAAGGUGAUCUCCAAAAUUCGAGCUGUGGCAAACAAAUACGAUCCUCAGGGCGUUUUCCAGAACCUACGAGCGUCGGGAUUUAAAAUUCCCAUGGAUAUCACCAAAGAUGAGCUCUAG